CAAUAAAUGAAAAAUAAAUACAAUAGAGAGAGAAUUCUAACAAACUUGAUUAAUUACGUAGAUUUAGAAUGGGCAAUUGGUCUCCAACGCAGUAUGUUGAAAAUUGUCGGUUUGUGGCCACAGCAGAGCAAAAAUCAACGUAAAGAAUUCUUGUCAAAGUUUCAAUUUUUAUUUACUACUAUCGUAACAAUUUUCGUAUUGACUAUACCAGCUUUAGCAGCAUUAAGAAGAGUAUGGGGUGAUUUGAUGCAAAUGGUAGAUAAUUUACAAUUGAGUCUGCCUCUUUUGGUGACGGUACUGAAAAUCUUCAUCAUGUGGUACAAAAAAGGAGCUUUAUCAUUGUUGAUAAAUAUGAUUAUGAAAGACUGGAUGCGAAUAAAAAUGGAAGAAGAACGAAGUGUCAUGCUAAAGAAAGCCAGGAUCACUCGCUUAUUCGCUACAAUUGGAGCAUUUGUUACAUUUAUUGCAGCAAGCAGCAGAACCUCCGCUGUAUUUUUUAAAGAGUACUUUGAACACGAUAGUACUACGAGCAAUCUCACUAAUUUUGAAAGAUCUUUUCCGGUCCCUGCAUACUACUUGUAUGAUGUAUCCAGUAGUCCAACAUACGAACUAAUGUAUCUAUUACAAACAAUCGCACUAUUUACAUGUGCUCUCACUUACAUCGCAAUAGAUAAUUUCCUUGGGCUACUGAUCUUUCAUGUAUGUGGUCAGAUGGAGAAUCUGCAUUUACGAUUAUUGAACCUAGGAAAGAAUUCGAAUUUCAAAGCGGUAUUAAAAUACAAUGUGACGGACCAUAUCCGCUUGAUCAGAUCUGUAGAAGUCAUUGAUGAUACAUUCUAUUUAUUGCUGCUCAGCAUGUUACUCAUUUUUAGUAUAUUAUUCAGUCUUCAUGGAUUUCUAAUAAUUAAUGUUGUUAAUCAAGAUACUCAUCAGUUGUCAAUCAUGCAAAUGACUUCUUAUAUUUUUACGAGUAUAAGUAUUUCAAUGCACACUUGUCUUUAUUGUGCAGUAGGCGAACUUCUCGUCAUUCAAUCUGAAAAAAUACAUAGUGCCACAUAUAAAUGUUUAUGGUAUACUCUAGAGCCAAAAACAAUAAAAUGUUUGAUAUUUAUAAUGCUUUGUGCAAAGAAACCACUAAAUAUUACAGCAGGAAAAAUAGUUCCAAUGACAAUGUCUACAUUUUGCAAUUUAUUAAAAACAGCAGCAAGUUAUUUAUCUGUGUUGCUUGCCAGUCGAAAUGAAUAAUGGACAAUUAAACGAUAAAUGAGAAUGUUGUUUGUAUUUAGCAUUUACUAUAAUAAUGUAAAAUUAGAAAUAAAUGAUUUAUACAAAUGUGCUAUGUAUUUAUUUUAUACAUAUUAAAAAUUAUUUUAAAGAUUAGAAAAAAUUUCUCUGUUUAUACAAGCAUAAUUUGAAACCUAUUACUAAAGAUAUGUACAAAAUGAUCGAAAUAGAAUCUUUUCUAGAAUAAGAAUUCUUUAACAUUAAAAAAAAUUAUUAGAUUUAUACGGAACUUUAAUAAUAUAAUGCUGAAAUAAUCGUAUUUUAUUUACAUAAUAAAGCAUAUAGUUUAUUUAUGAGUUGAUGUCAGAAAUUUCAGAUUAAAUUCUUUAGAUGUGUUUUACAAUUUUGAUAUGUAAAUUUUGUCAACAAAAAAUGCAUUUUAUACGGCCAGUCACAAUUUUAAUUGUUAUGGUUUUCUGCCAAAUAAAAAUUUAACACGUUCCAAUUGAAUGUAUGUCAUGAUUCCAUACAGUGUGUUUGUAAAAGACAGCUGCCCAAUCUGCCAUUCUUAGUUGAUAAUAAUCUUAAUGUAAUAAUAUUUUUGUUAUUUUUACAUUUUAUUAUUUGUAAAAUCAAUGGAUUUACGUUUCUUAGCAAAAUUAUAAUUAUUCUAUUUUAACUCACUAUUGAUUACAUGAAUAAACACAAAUAUUAAAAUAAAAAAGUAAUUAUGUAACGUAAUAUUUAAGCAAAUUUAUUAUUUCUUUUUCAUGAAUACACUGUUAUUUUAUUCGCCUUUAUUUUAAAACAAUAAAUUUAUGUUUAAAUUUAUUAUCCAAAAUUUGUCAUCUUUUUUUUCUUUUUUUUCAAUCCAACACGUUUUUCAAUAGCACAUCAAUUUAUCUUUUCUAAUUUGAUCCUUUACCUGGAAAUCAGUGUAAUAACAUAAAUAAUUUUGUACUAAACAAAAAUCUCCAUUAGUUCUUUACACUGUAUAAUUGCAUUGUUGUUUAUUUAAUAUUACUGUUUGUUUUAUUUUAAAACAAAGUAAUAUUUUUUUAUAUAUAAAAACACAUAGAAACUAUAUAAAUAUAUAUAAUUAUAUACAAA